UGUGUAUGUGCAUAUCACAUAUGCAUUGUUAUGUGCCUUCUUGGCUUUCGUUGGUUGGCAUAGUCUGAGAGUUUACUUUUUAGAUGUUGUCCUUUAAUCCACUUUAAGCAUUAUUUUUGCAUCAUUCCUGUUGCAGCAGUGUAUGAAUUAUGACUAACAUGAGAGGUCCUGAACAUCUAGCAGAGAUUUGUCUUCCCGCCUCCACGGGUGAGAUCUCAACAAGCAAAGACAAACCUACAUAUCAAAGGGGGCAACUGCCCCUAACUGGCUCAUCAAUACUGGCUAGGCGACUGUUCCGCCUCCAGUCGUGCCGCAACCCGCUCAUUCCUAGCAGACGUCGAAAGCGUGAGAUGACUCCUGCUGAGAUGAAAGACGCCUCCUAUUGGGACAAGCGCCAGAAAAACAACGAGGCCGCCAAGCGUUCCCGAGAGAAGCGUCGACUGAAUGAAUUUAUGCUGGAGGGUCAGCUCCUGGCACUAAGCGAGGAGAACGCUCAGCUCAGAGCGGAAGUGUUGAGUCUGCAGAAUCAAAUUGGUCUGGAUGCCAGUCAUCUAGUGAUGCCAUUCCACUAUUCCAUUCCAUCCCACCUUAAGCCUUCCCUGUUGGGUAUGGCUGCUAGCAAUGCUCCCCUUCCAGCAGAUGGGCCAGAGCUGUACCACUGUUGGCCACAGUACAGGUCUAGCUCUGGUCCACCUGGUAGCUCCUCUCCAUUCAUCUGCCCCUUGAGAAUGCCACCUAAAAGUGUCAACAUACCUUCACAGAUUAAUCACCCAGAUGACAAGCUGUCAGACAAGUCCAUUCCCAAUACUGACUCAGUGGAGCAGGACCAAGCAGUUCACACACAAGUCUCCUCCAGCAAUGACCCACAGAGCCACCCACAACUGUUCCCAGCCCAGAGAGCAGCUGCGUCUUCGAAUUCUCCCUCGUUGCCACCUUCUCAUCUGGCCCAAAGCUGGCUACUGCCUGGGUUGAGCUACUCCACCACCCAGCACAACAACCUGUUACCCUGGGGCUCAUCAUCCCUUCAGCCAUCUCCCCUUCAUCCCAGCUGGCCCCUGUCCUUCCCUUUGUACCCAAGAGAUCCAGAUGGAUCUCAAAAUGGUGCAAGAUCCCUCUGGAACUUUAACAGCAGGUUCAGCAUGCUGUCUGCUGAGAUCGCACAGCUCAGAAGAAUAUUAAGCACAGAGAACUCUUAAUGUGAACAGCUUUUCAUUGUGCUAACAGACUGCUUCAAAUAGAUGUAGUGAGGAGCUAUUGUGGGUGCUUAAUGUAUGAGUAGAAAAAAAUACAUAAGCAAUAGCUAUGCCAGAUGUGCUGGUAAACGUUACUUCAAGGAAUAUGACUAAACUUGGAAAUAUUUUUUAAAUGUUAUGAUAUUUGGCACUGAUCUUACUAAUAUGGCGUAAGGCUAUGUGACUAGAGCGACAAGAAAGGACCGGCUAAUCCUUUCUGACCUAGUCAUCCUUUGUCCAUUGAGUUUUGGUUGAGUCCUUUUGGUCGAAGAUACAAACUUCCUCAGGGUAAGACCAACAAAUACAUGUACUCUUUUAUUCUGGUAGUUAUCACUUUUAUAAAUGGCUCAUUUUAAUACUCCUUUGUAUUGUUAAUUGUCUUUUGAGUUUUUGCCAUCGAGGACGAUAAAGACUGAAAGUACUUAAAUUAAGCAAUAACUUGGAUAAUUUAAAAAUGUCUAUGCUUUAAUUAGACCUAAAAAAAAUUGCACCGUUAAUAAAAGCAAUAAAUGAUUUUGCAUUCACUCCAUGUAAAUCUGAUUCAAUUUUGGGAAAGAAAAAUACAUAUUCUGACUGACACAUGAUUAAUUGAUCAUUGAUUGACGCAAAUAGUAUUCCCCUCCAUUGUGUGAAAUACCGGUUCCAACAACGAUUACAUUAAAAACAUAGUCACCUUUUCACUGAAUCAUUACAUGUUUGUAAUGUUCCACAUAAAGAAGGAAAAAAUGAAAAAAGAAACAAUAAGGGAAAAAUUAAGUGGGUGCUGAUACACACAAGCAUUGAAGUAAACUGCAACAGAACUGAAGUAAACUUGAUUUAUUGAUAUCCUAUGUUUAUUUGUUUACCCUAUGUAUGUAUAUGUGUAUGUACUAUAGUGCUUUGGACCAUGUAGGCUAUUGAAAGAAGUGCUAUACAAAUAAAACUGAAUUUCAUUUAUUUUAAUUUAAAGGGACAGACAUUUUAAAUCUACGUUAGAUAACUUAUUCAGAGUAGCGCCAUAUUUAAUUUUUGACGGGAAUGAAAACGAGGCUACGAAGGGUAUACUUACAGUCUCUUACAGUAAAAGAAAAAUGACACAAAAAAUGUCCAUAAAUUAUAUCCUUAUAAAUAUGGGGCUGUAUGAAGAACAAAAAAUGUUUAGCAAAUCGUGGUUUAAAGUGCUCAUGGUUAAAUAUGAAUUGGGCACAAAAUGAAGACCCGGUUUCAGUCUGAAGUAAAUUUGUCUGAUAUCUGAUUGAACCCAGAGGCUUGUCAAACCGCAUGUUCACACUUCUGAUAUUUAAGCGGUGUGUGGAUGUUCUUGAUGAUGUGGAAUAAAGACAGCUCUAGGCAGCUAUUAAUAAAUGCACUGUACAAAUGCAGGGGUGUAAACAGACAUGG